GGCCGCCCCCAAUCCUCCCACAGCAACCAAGCCAACGAGCACGAUGCGUCGCGAGGGCCGCCAGCACGGGUGGGUGUUCGCCGUCGACCGCAGCCUGGUCGACCCGGAGGGCAAGGUCCGCACGCGCGCGGUGCAGGUCGAGGGCGCGGCGGCGGCCAACGGCGGCUUCGUCAGGGCGCCGCGCAAGCCCACCAACCACUCCAAGCCCGCAGUGGGGCGCGCGUACAAGGCCCUGAUCGGCAAGGGGGAGGCCGGGUCCGGCAGGGGCAGGCGCAAGUUCAAGCACGACGAGGUCAAGAUGUACUACCUCGAGGACGAGGUCCGGGGCGCCGAGGACGCCUUCCACGACGCGAUUGUGGAGUUGUGCUACUACUGACGCGGGUCGCGUGGCCCCGGCGUGGCCUCGUGCAUCGCCAGGAACAGGAAGUGUAGAGAUCGAUGCAGGCUUUUGCGUCUGGAGUCUGAAUCUGAGUGUGUUUCGGGAUGUGAAUCUUUGUUGCUUCAGUGAAUAAACUAGACUUUGUUGUUAUGGGGUCUCGAUUGUGAUCCUAACUCGGAAAUCAAUCUUGAUGUUCAAAGUCCAAACUGUAAAGGGGGAUGCCAAUGUCAGGCGUGUUAGCUUACUGUUUUCAGUCCUAAACCUUUUUGAAACGA